CUCGCGCAUGCGCAAUCCCCAGCGGAGUGACAGGCACGAUGGCUGCAGAAAGUCCUUUGCUGCUGUCUCUGGUGGAGGAAUUUGUCUCAGGACUUCAGGACAGCAAGGCAAAAGAUACUGCGACAGGUGUCAAAGAUGGACAGUUUACCGUCCUGCAGCUGGUGGAGGCACUUGGGCAGAGCCUGACCAGCUCCCAGCCUCACACUCGGGCCCGAGGGGUCCAGCUGCUCUCUGAGGUCCUCCAGGACAACUAUGGGGUGCUAACGGAGAGAGAAGUCGAACUGCUCCUGGCCUUCUACGAAAACCGCCUGAAGGACCACUAUGUCAUCACGCCGCCGGUGUUACGAGGGCUGCUGGCGCUGACUAAAUCCAGGAAGCUGCCUCCUGGUUCAGCUGUGUCGAUGCUGAGGUCUGUGUUUCAGGAUGUUCACGUACAGUCUCUGAUGCUUGCAGAGAGAGCGUGUGUCUACAACAUGCUCAUCAACCUCAUGGAAAGCAGGGAAGACGAACUGAAAGGUUUGGGUGCAGAUUUUGUUUUUGGUUUCGUCCAAUCGAUGGACGGUGAGAGGGAUCCCCGCAACCUUUUAUUGGCCUUCCAGAUUGCCAGAAACAUCGUUCUGCGGGGAUACAGCAUGGGCAAAUUCACCGAGGAGCUGUUCGAAGUGACGUCCUGCUACUUCCCCAUAGAUUUCUCCCCGCCACCCAACGACCCCCACGGCAUCACCAAAGAGGAACUGAUCCAGGCGCUGAGGGCCGUCCUCACCGGGACCCCCAAGUUUGCAGAGUUCCUGUUGCCGCUCAUCAUCGAGAAGCUGGACUCAGACGUCCAGAGCGCCAAGCUGGACUCGCUGCAGACCCUGGCUGCCAGCGUGGGACAGUAUGAGCACAGAGACCUGGCUGAGUUCCUGGAGGGACUGUGGAGCUCGCUGCGCAGAGAGGUGUUUCAGACAUCCAGUGAGAAAAUCGAGGCAGCAGGCCUCGCUGCCGUCACCGCACUCACUUCCUGUCUGUCUCGCUCUGUUCUCAACUCUGACUUUGAAGACUCCCUAAGCUCCUUCCUGGAUCUGGUGCUCAGAGACUGCAAGCACCAUCUGUUUGAGCCCGACUUGAAGCUGGUGUGGCCCAGCACUAAGCUACUCCAGGCCGCUUGCAGCGCCUCCUACAGGGCGGCCCACAGCAUUACAAGUGCUGUCGUGCCCCCUCUAGUGGAGCAGUAUAACAGCAGAACGCAGUGUUCCCACAGGCGGACGCUGCUGGAGGUGGCACAACGUUUCAUCCAGUCAACUGCUUCAUCUCAGUCUGUAGAUCAUGAUGAGAGCUUGUUUUCUGCAUAUAAAGACUCCCUGUGCAGCUUGGUGUUCUCAGCUCUAUCUGAAAGUAACUCCAGUCUGCAGAUCACCGCCGCCUCAGUGCUCACCUCUCUGGCCCAACAACCAGGUCUGCUGCUGGACUCUGACAUCGAGCUCGCCGUGGACCACCUGACCAGGCUGCUGCUGACGGAUGAGGAUGAGAGAGUCAGUGUGGCUGUGGUGGAGUGCGCCGGAGCUUUGGCCGAGCAGCACCCUGCUGCCUUCGUCACCAAACUGAUCCCAACGCUGAAGAAGGAGAUGUUUUCUGACCAAAGAGAGUCGUCCGAGCUGCGUUCCCAUCAUGCAGUGCGUCAGCGAUGCUUGUCCGCGCUAGCCGCGGUGUCCGUCCGGGCCAGCGUCGUCAUGGAGAGCACACCCGUCCUCCUGGACGUCCUCUGCUCGGCGCACACAGAUCCCGAUCGUUUCUGCGUGGACGAGGUGGUGCGCGCCUGCCUGAGCCUGCAGAGGAUAGCGGAGCGGGUCCAGGACGGCGAGGACACGAGCCGAUGCUUUCAUGACAUCAUCGUCCCUCGGCUGUUGUCUCUGGCGCUCCAAGCUGCACUGCAAAGCGACGGGUCAUCGGGUCGUUAUAGUCCGCUGGUGGAGGAGGAGGUCCUUUCUGCCAUGGUUCCUGUUAUCAGCACCGCCUGCUCCCGCCUGCAAACGUUUGCAGAACAGACGGCCUCCAGGGCCGUGUCGCUCUUCCUGGACGGUGACGUCUCGUUUCUGCCCGACAACUCCUUCCCACCGCGCGUCCAGCUGCUCCAGCAGCAGCAGCAGGAGGAGGAUUCAUCCUGGCGUCAGACCCAGUUGGUGUGUUUGCUCAUGGCAUGUGUGUGUUCGUUACCUCACAGUGUGGCGCUACCCCAGGAGGAGCGGCUGCUGUUGGAGCUGGAGGAGCUGAGCUGCAGCUGCAGACACCCACUCUCCUACACAUCGGCUGCCAAGUGCUUCGCCGGCCUGGUCAACAAGAAGCCACAGGGGCCUUCUCUUGACAGUUUAAUUCAGGGCGUGAUAAAGCGAGUGAGCGGUGAGCUGGACCGACCCUCCUCCCCUCUGCGCACUCAGGCCUUCACACUUCUGGUCUGGGUUGCCAAGGCUCUGCUGCUGCGAUACCACCCUUUAUUCUCGGCGCUAACCGACAAGCUCUUCUCUCUGCUCGACGACGCUCUCCUCGGCCCAAUGGCUGCUGACAGCUUCUCGCUACUGAUGAGCGACUCGGCCGACAUCCUGAACCGCGGUUGCCACGCCGACGUCCGCAUCAUGUAUCGGCAGCGCUUCUUCAGCGAGAAUUCUGCCAAGUUGGUGGAGGGCUUCAACGCUGCACCACAAGAAAAGAAGGCCAACUACCUGAAGGCUCUGUCCAACAUCGUCAACAAGCUGCCGAAGCAGGUCCAGGUGUCUGAGCUGCCAGCUCUCCUGUCUCUGCUGCUGGAGGCCUUGACGUGUCCCGACGAGGGCGUCCAGCUGUCCACUCUGUCCUGCCUGCAGCCCGUCCUCAUAAAUCCCCCGCAGGUCCUGAUCCAGCAGCUGGAGGCGCUGGUCAGCCGGCUGCUGGCCCUCAUCGGCAGUCCAGCCAUGAAAAUCCGCAUGGCCUCCAUACGAUGUGUUCUCGCUCUCUCCUGUUUCCCGGCUCACGAGGUGUUGCCGUUCCGGUCGCGAGUUCUGCGAGCGUUGGCUCCGCCCCUGGACGACAGGAAGCGGCUGGUGAGGAGAGAGGCGGUCCAGGCCAGAGCAGAGUGGUUCCUGUUAGGAAGCCCUGGUGGAAGGUGAUCUCUGUCUGUCCGUAAAACCUCCAGGACCAAGUAGCAGAGCGCUCUGCCUCCCUUCUCCUCCUCCAUUCAGAAAAGUGUUUGCUUCAGCAGUCUGACUGCACACACACACCCACACACACACACACACACAACGUGGUGAAGCGUUUCAUGGAUCUGUGAUUGCCAGGAGCCGUGCAGCAAGUCACAGACGCUGCCGACUGAAUUUUAUAAAUCAUAUCAUAAGCCAGACAACACAGUUGUUUUUGUUUUUUUUUCUUUUUUGGAAAAAAAGUCAUGAAGCUGAAGACAUUUUGUUCAGUGCUUCACUGUUAAACAUGGCCGGUUGUUAAUACAAACCUUUUUAUUACUAUUAUUAUUAUUAUUUUAUUAACUAAAAAGCAAUAAAGCAGUUUGAGUUUCAGUGAUCCGUAGAUUCCUUCUUUUCGGUAUUUUCAGCUCAUGUCGGCUGAAAAGCUUCAGAGUUGAACUUUAUUUAAGCCCUGUGCAGCUCCGGACCUCACACUGACAGCCUGCGCCGUUGCUCUGAAUGUUUAGGACGUUUGAACGGAUUCCGUAUGAAUCCUCUGACACGUAAAUGGAGAUUGUUUUACUUCUUAAGCGUUUUGUGUGGACUCACGCUGGAAGUGUUAUUGGUUUGCCUUGUUUUCUGUCGAUAUUUAAAUGUGGUUGUUGUGUGAUGGUUGCCGUCGAGUCGGUGAGAAUGUUUGGACCUCAAAAAGUUCUGCCAAGGAAACGGUGCCUCGCAAAAGUGUUCACACCCGUCGGACUUUUCCACAUUUUUUUCUCCUUAGUCAGACUUUAAUGAUUUUUUUUUUUUGUUAGAGCAACAAAAAAUUAUUGCAUUAUUUUGAAAUCAAAAGAAAUGAAGUUUUCAACUUUCUCAACAGUCAAGUUAGCUUUAGCUUGCUUUACUGUACUCUUACCACAGAUUCUCAUUUACAUGGCUGGUUCUAGAGGGGGGGUUAGGUGGGGUCAGUUCCCUGGCAGCACUGGAUCUGGACUUUGUACUGAAGAUAUUAUACUGAUUAAUUUUCUUAUGGUGAUAUGUGCUGACAUAGAGACUGUAACUAAUUGUUUCCUUUGACCAGUUUUAUUUUUUUCUCUUCACAGUUUUUCCUUUUUAAUAAAUUAAAAAUUAUAAAUGUAUUUCUGCCACUUUGAAACAGCAUCAGGUGUCUGAAACCUGCAGUUCAAGAGCUUAUUGGUCCCACCAGGUUUUCAUAAAAAAAUUUUCUUUUUUUUUUUUGUGGUCAAAAUGACUUGUUUUUGGUGCUAAUUUACAAUGAAAAGCAGCGUCAUGAGUAAGGCUAAUGCAGCAGAAGAAAUAGAGCCAUCUGCAGGUGUGAGUUAGCAAUCACUUAAACUCAAUGUUUUUGACCGUUUUUGCGAAAAAUGUGCAUUGAAUUCACAUUGAAUGCAGACUGUUUUGCAUUUGAGCAAAACAGUCAAGACUUUUCAGAUAUGCAUUUGUUCUGGCUCCCCGCCCUGGCCCUCUGGUAAAUAUCGUCUAGAACCCUUCAAUGUGGACUUUGGCUGGGCCAUUUUCCGUUUUGUCGUGUAAAACCUUAAGUUACUAAGACUGCCACGUUAGGAACAUUGUUGGAUAUGAAAAAUGUUGACUAUGCUGGACUUUUUUUUGAUUACAUAAAGUAUUUCAUUGUUACAGUGGCAUGGGCAUUAGCCCCGCCCACUCAGCGUCUCAGUUGCGUCAUGUGAAGGGUUAGCCUCAAUAACAUGGAUCAGCUUUGAUCUGAACAGCUACAUCGAAUUUCCAUUGUUAAUAAUUUAGCUUCAUAUUGUCCUGUGUUGUUGCUCUUCUGCGUUUUUGUUUUUUUUUGUGGGGUCCGAUUGACUCCGACGGCGAGACGAGAGGGUUAGUUUGUGAAUACUUCUGCGAAGCACUGUAGACAAUGACUAAUGUCUAACUUUGUUUUAUUAAAACUUUUCUUUGUAAAUUGA